AUGUCGAUACCACUGUCGGAGAACUUCUACGAUAACUCCGACUCGGACGGCUCUGAGUUCCUUGAUCCGGUGGAUGAUUCUGACUGGGAGGACGUCGAUGACAUCGUCACCAAAUGGGGCCAGCCACUCGUUCAUUUCGUCCGAUCCCCCAGGAAGGUAGCGCGGUACCUGUGUGAGGUGCUGCCCUGGACGCGUAUCCCCGGGGAGGCUGUCAUGGCCGCCGCUGAAGCCGGUCAAUGGGGUACCCUCUACUUAUUGUUUUGUCAAGGUGGUACACCCAACAUGCGGGCAGCAAGGGCGUCUCCUCCCGAUGCGGAUGUUGUCCCGGGUUGGGCUACGCGCGAUGCGGACAUUGCCUUUGUCCUUUUUGAGUGUCUAAACGAACGUCUACAAGUGGACUGGUAUCCUCUGCAGGCUGCAGCUCACAGCUGGGAAAUGGGAUAUAAGCGAGAUAAGCAACUCAAGGUCAUGCGGUACCUACUGGAGGAGGGCGCGGAUCCAUUUGCGCUUUUCCGAGCUCCUCUUGCACGUCACAAAUUCUUCCGCUAUCCUUGCGAGACGUUUGAUGAGCAGUUGGACUCUACUUAUGAUGUAGAUGGUGGUGAACUCAGAAAUAUUCCUUUUACCAAGUUCGGCACCUGCAGUGUUCUCCAUUCCAUUCUUGAGACUGGCGGGCAGGCUUUGCCAUUUUUUGACGAGAAGGUUAAGCUUGACAUUGAGCAUCGUGACCCCCAGGGCCGCACCCUUUUGCAUUCUGCCUGCCGAUCCAUCGUGGGUGCUGACGCUCUUCUCAAUAACGCCUGGAACUACAAACCAACUCAAUAUUCUUCCUAUGAUGUCCAGCCAUCAUUGUUCCAUGCUCUCCGGCUUCGCAAUGCCGAUAUGCUGGCGGUCGACAGCAGGGGACAGCACAUUGUUCACCAUCUCCUUAGCGGUGGAGCCAGUGAUGAUGCCAUACAUUACACUCUAACACAUCUACCCCAGCUGGCUAACCAGCCAGACUACCACGGCAUCUACCCACUUCAUACCGCCCUACAAAUCUCUCGCUGCAGUCUGGGUCGACGCUUUGAAAACUAUGCGAAGUACAUAGAGCAGUUUUUCGCUGCAGGGGCUGAUCCCCAUGCCCGCGACGGAAGGGGGAACACUGCCUUGCACUACAUUGCAGCCAGCCCCAUCGAUGGCUCGGACGAGGAGGCAAAGGUCGGCAUACUUUUAUUUAAGAGGUUCCUCGAGCUUGGGGUGAAUGUAAACGCACGCAACAACGCCGGAAGAAGCCCAGUUGAGAUUUUUCUUGACGACGAAGAUUCUGGGCGGAGCGUAGUCUAUAAACUCCCUCCUACCAGAAGUUUCCACGGAACUUCCAAGAAAAACCCGUAUGCGUACAUGAAUUUGCAGGACUUAUUUGCUGAAACAAACGUCGAUUGGGCGCAGAGGAGCGCAAACGGUCAGACUUUACUACAUUUGGUUGCAUUGCAGGCAACCCCGCUGGCGGUAGACCACGCUGAAUAUCUGCUGAAGAAGGGUGUAGAUGCUUCCGUAAAGGACGAGGACGGGAAGAUGGCAGCAGAUGUGGCGGAGCAGUAUGGAAGGGAUAAAAUGCUAAACCUUUUACGUCCACCACCACCUACACCUUCCGUCGAGGGGAAAUAG